AUGAAGUGUCUUUACGUUUUGUUGGCUUCAGCAGCCUUAGUACACAGUUACGCUAUUCAGGACAAUGAAAUCGAGACCUCUCGUUUGCAAACAAGUGAUGACCUCUUGAGCAGUGUGAUUAGUGAUUGUUUUGAUACCGAAUCUCCGAUGUCAUGCCUUAAAGUGAAAGUCCUCUCAUUCUUAGACACCAAGCUUGGUGUUACCUCGGAGUCUGCGAGGGCAUUUGAUGACAAGAACAUCGACAAAGUGAUCUUCGACCGCGUUGGAAGGAUCCUGAACAACAAUGAAAUCAGGUUCCAAUUGCCUGAGUUCAUCUUCCAAAACGCAGAGGUGUCCUACCGUGCAGACAGAGGAUUCGAUGUUGAUUUUCCUGAAACAGAUGCUGAAAACGGUGAAGCUCGUGGCAUCCUCAAGAAGAAACUUUUGCUGCCAGUUCUUCUUCUUCUGAAGCUGAAGAUGAAAGCGCUGAUGCCAAUUCUGGUUUCCAUCAUUGGCAUUAAGGCUAUCAAAGCACUUAUUCUCAGUAAGCUGGCUAUCACGCUUGUCGUUGGAUUCUUAGUCUACAAUUUGGUGAUGAAGAAAGGAGCUAUGCCAAUGAUGAUGACACCAACAGAAGCGCCAGCACCUCAGUACGGCCCACCCGCCUCUCAGUAUGGAACUCCAUCAACUCCAGCCGCUCCUCAAGACUCCUACAGCCCGCAAUGGGAGCCAGCCAGCUCAGGCCCUUACGCAAGAGUAUGGGACCCCACCCAGCUUGCGUACAGUUCAUAUUACCCUGGUGAUUCGAGUGCUUCAUCGUCCUCAAACCAGUCACCAAGCUACUCUAGUGUAGCGUCAAUCUCAUCAUCUUCAUCAGCAUCAUCAUCCACCUACUGAACCUAAUUACCUCACAUUGUAAAUAUGUUACGC